AUAAAAUUUUAUUUGUCCAAAACCUCAUGUGGUAUGUGCAUGAUCCAAGGCCUUAUAAGUAAUUUUUUUUUGCUCUUUUCUUUUUCUCAUUUUCAACUUGCAUUUCAAUGUAUAACACUAUAAUUUCUAAUAACACUAUGCUUUCUACCAGCUUAGGCUUUUAAGUUUCUUUCCCUCAUCAUAUCAGCAAAAUAUAGAUUUUAUGCUUAGGCUUCUAAGUUUCUUUCCCUCAUCAUAUCAGAAAAACAAAGAUUUUAUGCUACUUUUUUGGCCCAAAGGUUUGCCAGUUCCAAAAAGUGUUAAGCUUGUUAAAAUUCACAAAACUUUUAUUUCACUUGUACUAGCUGGAAGCUUGUUUAAGCUGCAAUAUCCUUCUGCCCCUUUUUAAGAAAAAGAAAAAUUUUGAAUUCAUCUACCUUAGUGCCUUAAUGAGAUUCAUGUGAUCCAGGGCGCAUGGGUUCUUAAACCAAAAAGAUCUAAAUUGAAGUCAGUUGUUCAUUUUAUUGGUGGUAUAUUUGUCGGAGCUGCUCCUCAGCUUACAUACCGCUUGUUUCUUGAACGCCUUUCAGAAAGGGGUGUUUUGGUGAUUGCAACACCGUAUGCUAGUGGAUUUGAUUACUUCUACAUUGCAAAUGAAGUGCAGUUUAAAUUUGACAGGUGUUUACGGUUUUUGCAAGAAACAGUGCAAGAUCUUCCAACUUUUGGUCUUGGUCAUUCUUUGGGAUCUGUCAUUCACCUUUUAAUUGGUAUUACACAAUCUUCUUCCUUAUAUUGUGUGUAUGGGUGUAGCUGGUUUUGUUUGCUGCAAUUUAUUUUUGCUCAGGAUCAAGAUUUGCUCUGCAAAGAAGUGGGAAUAUGUUAAUGGCAUUCAACAACAAGGAAACAAGCUUAGCUAUCCCUUUGUUCUCACCAGUUCUUGUCCCAAUGGCACAAAGCGUUGGACCAUUUCUCUCACAGAUUGCAUCAUCACCAACUGUCCGCCUUGGGGCAGAGAUGACAAUGAAGCAAAUAGAGAACCUUAGCCCUCCUAUUGUGAAGCAAGUUUUUCCUUUAGUUGAGCAAUUUCCACCCGUAUACAUGGACUUAGCUAAGGGCAGAGAAGAUUUUACUCCAAAACCAGAAGAAACUAAACAACUUAUAAAGUCAUACUAUGGCAUUUCAAGGAAUCUUCUGAUAAAGUUCAAGGACGAUACUAUUGAUGAAACUCCAACUCUAGCUCGCUUGCUUUGUUCAGAUUCUGCCAUCAGUCCAACGCUUGAUAUUUCAAUUCGAUUGUUGCCAGGAGAUCAUGGCCUUCCUUUACACCAGGCUCUCCCAGACAUUCCACCAGCAAUGGCAGAUGCUGUAAAUCGUGGAAGUGAGUUCUUGACAAAUCUGACUGUGGGAACACCAUUGGAGACUUUUGCCAAAGAAGUCAGCAACUCAAUAGGUGUAGACUCAAAGAUUGUUCGUGCAAAUAUAUCCAAGGAUAUAAACCAGCUUGUGGAUGUUGUCACAUCUUGGAUGGCUUCAAAUUCAGGUCCAAAACUUGUGAGGCCAUGAGAAGAAAGAGGACAGAACACAGACGCAAACAACAUAGGAAAAUAGCAGAGCAUGCUAAGAAUUGCCAUAGAAACAAGCUCAUCUGGAUGCUUGUUUGUACUGUACAGUCAUAUAAUGGGAAGGAUGUUCGACUUCUAAGAGAAAACGAACACUCAAAGCGUACCUUGCUUGUAUUUACUUGGUUGAAUAAAAACAGAAGUCUGUAGAGAAGAAAUGGAUGUCAGAAAUAGUUUUUUUGUUUAGUACAGAUGGAUGGUUUUUCUAUUUGCUAAAAAAGUAGAAAUGGGAUU